AAUUAGCUGGGCAAAUAUGCGAAGAUUUUACAGCCUCGCAAGUGGCAGAGAUUAAACGAAACGGAGCACAGCUCCGGAGUAAUGACAAAUGUUUUCCCUCAUCUCCACUUGGCAAAUCAAUAAAACUGAAUUUCAUACAGAUAGAUAGCCGAAGGAUAUACAGUAUAUGCAUAUGUUUAUUGCUAAGAUAAAUUCCCCAGCAGCAAAACAGUAAACAGCAGAGAUAUAUACAAAAAAAUAAAGGAGAGCUUUAAUGCCAACGAUCAAUAUUUGUGCAACAAAUCAGCAAUGAGAGCGGCCUGUAUCUGUGAGAUACAGAUACCAUUUUUUCAACCCAAAACCGUACGAGAUGCGUGAGGCGAAUUAACACCGAUGCGUUAACACAAUUAGUUGAAAAGUGAAAAACGGCAUAAAGUAGAAGCUGGGAGAUUAAAUAAAAUAAAAUCUAUAUGCCAAUCGGGAGUGUCGACAAAAAGCGGGCCAGCGAUUUUGCAACUUUACACUCGACGCCCGUUUUCAGUCGCGCAAUGAAGCUCCAGCAUCGCGGCUGAGUUAAAGAAAGAAAUAUAUACGAAAGCACAUGUGCCGACUGUACUAAAACUAAGUGAUAAAAAAAUAUUACAGAAUAUAUAUAGUUCUGAACGAUGGCUGACUUACUAAAGGCUCUGAAUAUUACGGGCAACCUGCUGGCAGGCCUCGAAGAUGCCGGCAAUCUAACUAUUGCAACUGCCACAACCACAACUUUAAGUGAAGGCCUCAAUGGCAAUGCAACGACCUUGGAUGCCGCAGCAUCCACCAGUAGUGGCGAAAAACUCGAUCUUGGCGGCUUCGAUCUGCCCGGCAAUUACUCCAUACUCAUUAACAAACUGGAGCAGCUGGCCUUGGGCUUGGACUCGGCCUUGGGAAAUUUCACCAUCGAUCGCCAGGAGGUCGAGAUCAAUUUAAGUGGCGCAGCCACGGCCAACGACGUUGCCGAUGUGGCUGACGAUCUCUUCGAUGUCCUGCCAGCUGCUCGGGCACCUCCGCCGCAUAUAGCGCACGGAUCAAGGAUAUAUACGGGCGACGAUGGUCAGGACUUUGCCCACGUGGUCAGCGAUAUCUGGAUUGGAGUCAUCCUUACGCUGCUCAUCGUCUUUGUGAUAUUCUUCAUAUGCGCUUGCUUCGUUUAUCAUAAAUUCCAGCAGUGGAAGAAUUCAUACCGCGCCAAUCACAGUGAUCCCACGAUCGAGAUCUGCCGCCGCUGUCCGCCGGACUACGAGGCGGAAUCGCUGCCCUCGUACACGAUUGUUUCCGGACUGCCAACGUACGACGAUGCACUGGAGGAAUUCCGCAAGGCGGGCAUUAUUCUUACACCCGCCGUCGUGCCCAUCAUCAAGAUCUUCGAGUGCAACGAGACCGGCAAGGAGCAGGCGGUGGGCUACAGCCUGGUGGAGACGAACAUAGCGAGUGCGGAUGCUGCCGCGGAUAAUGUGUCGCUGGCCUCGACCACCUGCAAUUGUGGCAACUCCUCGCCCACCUCAUCGCUGCCCAGUUACAGUGCCGCCACGGCGGCUGUGAUGGCAGCGGCGGCUGCUGCUACUCCGCAGGUGAUUGAACUAUCACCGGAACACCUGGCCUCGUUGUCCCAGAAGCGUCUCUCCCUGCAGAUCUCAUUCAAUAACUCGGUGCGCCGGCAGUCGCCGCUCAGGAAUCAUCUGCUGAGAUCCCGAGCGGUGGGAAAUACCGCCGGAGUGGGUCCAUCGGAGGCAGCCGGUCCUGCCAUUCACGGGUCGGGAGCUCACGGAGUCCAUGGCGGCGGAGGUGCCACCAUUAUGCCCAUUCUGCAUCGCUCCUCCUCCACAAUUUCACUGUCCCACGAACGCCAGUUGCUGGAUCAACGCCUCAGGCAUUUGCAUCAUCGCGGUUCCCUCUACUGAGAACCCAUAUAGAGCAUUCAAACUGCCUGACUAAUCCUUCCUAAAGGGUAUUCCCUACGUUAUUCAUAUCCCAAAAGUUGUUAGUUUUAAGAUACAGACAUAAUAAACA